CGGAGGAAUUAACCAUUUCAAGCUACACAUCACAGGCACCACCUCAAGCGUUCUUUCAUGUUUAAGAUCAACUCCGGAGGCUAAAGCAAUAUGCCAGAGAGCUCUUGAUGCAUAUGAGGCAAAGAAGGUGGCGAAGAAAAAACAUACGGCAGAAGUGAGGGCUGAUGUGCAUGUUACAGCCCUAAAUGAAGCAAGGGAUGGUAGGGAAUCUGUUUGUGUUGGAAGCACAUCAUCGGAGCCCAACAAAUUAGGACCAAUGGACAAGUUUGUGCGUCCUAUUGAUGGUAAAUCAAGCAAAGAGGAAGCCUUGAAGCAGCUAAGUAUGAAUGAAGGACUAUUCAAGGAGAGAAGAGGUCAAUGUUCACCAUAUGUUGCUAGAUGGGUGUAUUCACAUGGCAUACCAUUUAAUGCUCUUGACAAUGAUGAGUUUUGUCAAAUGUGUGAGGCCAUAGGCAAAUUUGGUCCUGGAUAUGAGCCUCCUACUCAAUAUGAGCUUAGGGAGAAGUUGUUGAGUGAUGAAUAUGCAAGGACCAAGAGUUUGUUAGAUGAACGUGAGAAGGAGAAGAUAAAGCUUGGGUGCACCAUCAUGACAGAUGCAUGGACGGACAUGAAGAGGAGGAGCAUAAUGAAUUUGUGCAUGCAUUGCAGUGGGGGGACAAGUUUUCUCAAAUCAAAGGAAACAUCUGAUGUGUCACAUACAAGUUAAGUCAUAUUUCAGCUAGUGGACAGCGCAAUUGAGGAGGUAGGGGCGGAGCAUGUGAUGCAAGUGGUGACGGACAAUGCUUCCAAUAACAUGGGAGCCAAGAAAAUGUUGCUUGAGAAGAGGCCGAAGAUCUUUUGGAGCUCUUGUGCAACUCACACUAUCAACUUAAUGCUCCAAGGAAUUGGCAGCCUCAAGAGAUUCAAAACAAUAAUUGAUCAAGCAAAGAACCUCACCAUCUUCAUCUAUGCGCAUCACAAGACUUUGGCAUUGAUGAGGGUUGCUACAAAAAGGAGAGAUAUCAUAAGGCCGGGGGUGACUAGAUUUGCUUCCGCUUUUCUCACAUUGCAAAGUUUGUUGGAGAAGAAAGAUGCUUUAAGGUAUAUGGUGGUUGAAAGAGCUUGGGAAGAUAUGAAAAAUGUGAAAACAAAGAAAGGCAAGGAUGCAACGGCAAUGGUGAUGGAUGCAAACUUUUGGAAAGGUGUGCUCCUAUGCAUAAAGGUGUUUGAGCCAUUGGUGAGAGUACUUCGUUUGGUUGAUGGGGAUAUUAAGCCAUCAAUGGCUUGGUUGUAUGGAGAGUUGGUGAAUGCAAAGAGGGAGAUGAAGGAGGCAUUUAACAACUUGGAGAGGAACUACAAAGAUACUAUGGGCAUUGUUGAAAAGAAGAUGAAUGGAAGGCUAGAUUCUCCACUGCACAUGGCCGCAUAUGUGUUGAACCCACACUAUAGUUAUGCAGAUAGCUCCGUCUUUACCACUGCAAAUGAAGGAUUUCAGGAGUGUGCUGAACAAUACUAUGCAAAUGAUCAUGAUACUUGCAUGCUGGUUGUCAAUGACGAGUUUCUGAAAUAUGAAAACAAAGAAGGAACUUUUGGAAAGAAGCUUGCAAAAGCAUGUGAAAAUAAAAGCUACAGCCCCGAUACAUACCAAGAGAAGAAAUAGGCUCACAACGGAGCGAUGCAACAAUUUGGUCUUCAUAAGGUUCAACAAUAGGAUGUUGUCUAGGAAACAAAAGCUCUUAGAGAAGAAGAAAUGGGAUGUGCUCAUUAGCACCGAUGCUACCGAAGCUCAAGGAUUUCUAUUUGAAGGAGGGGAUGAUUAUGCAAGCGUUGUUUAUCUUGAUGAGGAGGAUGGAGAUGUUCAUCCGGGUACGGGGAUAUCAUGGGAUCUACUUGGUGAAGCAAUGGGAGCACAAGAGCAACUCCA